AUGCUACGCCUGCGGUUCCUGCCAGCUCCCCUGUCGCUGAAGCUGGCCUUCACCCUCUCCCUCGCCGUCUCCUUCUCCGUCUCCUGCUGCGCCUCCUCCUCCUCCUCGCCCCACACAUCAUCAGCCAGGUCCCCGCAGGCCGUAGCCGCGGACCUCCUCUCCGUGCUCGCCGGUCCACGCGCCGCGGCGCGGGUGCCGGUGGCGGAGGCCUCGCGGCUCCACGCCUGCCUCCGGUUCCUCGCCCCAGCCAACCUCACCACGGCCCCAAAGGUCUCGUCUUGGAGCCGCGGAGGCCCCCGGAAGUUCCUUCUGGAAGGUUGCGAUGCAGGGGCGGCGGAGGCGGACGAGAUGGUGAUGUGGCCGCCGGCCCCGGUCUUGGAGCUGGCCCGGCUGGCCGUCGACUCCGGAGGCGAUCCCGGUGCCAUCCACUUCGCGCUCGACCCAACGAUGCUGCCGGUGCCAGAUGUUGAGGCGGCCCAGAAGAAUAAAUGCGAACUCACAAGAACACCAUAUGGGAGGCGAUUUGCCAGCGAGGAGAUCAAUUCAUAUUUUGCAUUCUUGUUUGAAUUGAUUGUGGCACGGGGACCUUCGGUUGGAUUAAAUGUAUCCCUGAAUCGCUAUGAUUUGUUCCAUGGGCAUCUUUUCCUUGCAUCUGAAACAGGACGGCUUGGAAUUCUGUUCCAUGCUAAAGAAUACCCGUCAUUUAAUAAGGAAUUGUUUCCAUAUUAUUUGGGAUAUUGCCAAGCAGGAUCUAAUGUACCAUAUGAUGAUUCUAUGAAUUUGCGCAAUGUCCUUUGGUUAGCACCUUUGCCAUCAAAUGAGAGAACAGCUUGGUUAGCACCAGGAGUAUUAGUUGUCUUGGAUGCACAUCCUGAUGGAAUUAUCUAUCAAGAGAUAAUACGUGACUAUGUUCAAAUUGUAAGAACAGUAUACGAAGAUGAUCUCGGGGAGUUCGCUGUUGAUGUCAAUUAUCUAAAUGUGGCAAAUGCAGCUCCCGUAGAUAGAGUUUUCAUUUGCUGA